CCUACCUUUUUCUGUUUAUUUAUUGCUGCUAGCGCCGCUCAGAAUUCACAGUUGUUUCUUUCUAGCUCCAUUCAUAAUGUCGCUCUCCACAUUAAGAAAAGAAGAUGAAAAACCACGUUCUAUUACAGCAAAAGACCUUCUGGAUAAUCUCAUUAGCCUGGUAGCGUGGGAGGCAUUUGGUUGUUUACUGGGCGUUCCAAUUAAUGAUCUUCGUAGGAUUAAGGAAAAUAGCACCAGUGUAUCUAGUAGGUUAGUUUACCUUUUCGAAUACUUGGUAAAUGAGGUAGAAGAUCUGUCUUGGGAAAAAAUUAUUGGAACAUUGGAAGCGAUACCAGAAGAAAAGGAAUUGACCGAAAAAUUGUCAAAGAAAUAUUUUCCAGCAAAGUUUUCUCGCUUAGUCUCUAAUAUGGAGGAGAAUUUGCAAAAAGCAGACUUUGAUGAUAUUUUUUUCUUUACUACCGAUUAUCUCCAAGUCACAUUUAAACCACCACCUGUAAAUAUCAGAGACUUAUUUAAAUGCAUGCAACCAUACUACUGCUUCAUGAGCUACAAGAUAUUAAAGGUCAUAGCAUCAAAGUUUGUUGAGAAUACGAUGAAGAGGGAUAUGGAAAAGUACGAUGAAGUGUUAACCAAAUGGCUGAAGUCUACAACAAUAAAAGAGUUCAAGGAAACAGUUAAAAAUGUAUCUAUUACAGAAGCAGUCGAUCCAUCACCCAACCAGUGUCUUGUAGUGCUAAGGUUAGAAGGUGAGUGGUUGAAGGUAACUUUGAAUAAUCUUUGGAAGCUACUGGAGUACCUCUUUGGGAAGGAGAGUUUGAUUUUGACCAGAUUAAGAGUUAAAGAAGGAUCCCGCAUGGUUUUAGUUUGCUUAUUUGCUCCUCAAUCAAAAAUACUUCCCCUUCUAUCAUCAUCUAGCAUACUGUUAAGAAGUGGACAAGUGUCAUACCUUGGUGUCCUAAGUAUUCAGUUUGGAAAUAUCUUUCUGUCUAUUCCACAAGAUGAGAAAUAUUCUUUCACAUUUGAAUCAAGUCUGACAAAUGCAGUAAAGUCUAAUGGCAGUCUACAAUCAAUUCGAUUCUUGUUAGAUCUUGGAGCUGAUCCUAACAAUGAAAGUAAAGUUUAUAAUAGUGUCACUCCAUUGAUGCUUGCUGCUGGAAAAAACAACACAGAAAUUAUGUCUCUACUGGUAGAGUAUGGUGCUAAUGUACGAAAGUUUGUUACGCCAACUUUUGGAGAGAGCUUCUCUGCAAUACAUGCUGCUAUUCCUACUAAUAGCACGGAAGCUAUUAAGUUCUUACUCAAAAAUGGUGUGCCCCCUGAUCACAAUGAUCCUGGCAGAAAAGCUACACCACUGAGAAUAGCUUCUUUUGAUCUAAACAAAGAUAUUGUUUUACUUUUAAUUCAAGAAGGAGCAAAAGUAGACUUUCAAGAUUCAGAUGGCUUCAGUUCACUGGCAUAUGCUUGUAACAAUGGGUUUGAUUCAAUGGCUAAGCUGCUGCUAGAUGUAGGAGCUGAUCCUAACCUCGAAGUACAAAGAGGAGUUACACCACUCAUGUUAGCUUGUUACCAGAAGUAUUACAACAUUAUAAAUAUGUUACUUCAAGCAGGAGCGCAUGUUAACACAAAAAGUGAUGACAAUUCUGAUGGUAUAACGGCAUUACAUGUAGCCAGCAGCAAUAAUGACAUUCGACUAGUAAAUAUACUACUUAGUGCAGAUGCUGAUAUUAACAUUCAAGAUGCUCAUGGCAAGACACCAAUGCAUAAUGCCUGUGCAAAUGGAAAUGAAGAGCUGGUACAAUGUUUUCUCUUGAAAAAACCAAACCUAAAUCUUUGUGACAAAAAAGGAAAGUCACCAUUACAUGCUGCCAUUGAAAGUAAGAAUCCUAAAGUUGUAAAAACUUUGCUUAAGGCCGGUGCUGAUCCUAAAAUCAGUGAUGGAAACUCUGGUUUCCCCCCACUUCACUGGGCAUGUGCUGUUAGUAAUGAAGACAUCAUUCGCUUAAUUCUUGAAGUUCCUGACAUUGACAUUAACGCUCCGAAAAAUGAUAAAUGUGAAACCCCAUUGCUUAUAGCUGCUGUAACAGGUAAUAUCAAAGCAGUUGAGCUGUUACUAUCAAAAGAAGCUGAAAUUGACAUUGAGAAUAAAGAUGGUACCACACCAAUAUUUGCAGCUGCAGCAAUAGGUGAAUUAGGUGUCGUCAGUCUUUUACUAAGACAUGGAGCCAAAACUGAAAAAAAUAGGCGUGGUGAAACACUUCUAAGUGUAACACCGGAACAUAGACAAAGGGAUAUGGAAAUUCUACUCCAAAACCACAUGAAAAAGGAAAAUAAUUGAACUUUAACUUUAACUUAAAUUUAGUUCUUAUAGUUUGUUUUAAUAUAGUAAGUUAGUUUUAGCAGUUUUCUUUUUUUUUACUCUAGUUAUGAGUCAUGCAAUAGAUAAUGAUUUACUUUUAGA